AUGCAGCAUAGACAAGACACAACCAGCUCCAGUCCGAAACGACUAUUAUUGCCAUAUAAGGAUCCAACUUCCCCCAACCUACAUUCCGUGGAUAUCCAAACUGGGUUCCACGCAUCCUCGCAAUCUCUUGCAUUGGAUAUUAAACCCAACCCCGCCACUUCUGGUGAUGGCAAGCCCACGUGUCAAUCUACAGUCGACAAGGUUCGCGAUGUCCAGUCCCAUACCUCCAUCAAUGGCCUGUAUUUGAUCGGCCAAGCUGAUUGUUUCUCAGAGUAUUCUGAUAUCCGCGGUGAUAUAUGUCGUGGCGAUGAAAAUGUAUCCUUGGGGUUCAUUGUAUUCAUCUCAGAUCCUGUACUUCAAGAGCCGUUGAAGUAUCUGAAGUAUCUGAAGGCUCAAACUCCUCAUCUCAAUGAUAUCCUACAGAGAUCCGGCUCAUAUAAAAAUGAAAAAUAA